CUUAUUGCUGUUAACUUCAGGAAUGUUUACUGUACGUACUAUCGAGACAGAGAUCAACUUACAUGCGGGAUUGUUACAUGUGACACAUUAGUGCCGGCAGGUGGUGAUCUGGAAGAGGAGGGCCUGGACAUAAAACUACCUCGCGGUUGGUAUCGAAUUGGAACGAUGCAGGUUCGACACGACUCAUCUUGGUUUAACCUGUAUCGACGUCGUGCAACUGGCUUUGGUUAUUGGGAUUUCUAUACCAACAUCCCGGAAAGGAAUUGUGCGGGCGGGUUUGGGAUUCAUGCUGGUGAAAAUAUUCCUGGAACUGUAACUGUGAAAGAAAAGCGAUGUUUUGACAGAAUUGUAACCCAAAUAGAGCGUAAGACUACCAGUGAAAAGUUUGAUGUCUUGCAAUGCAGGAAGUGCUUAUUCAACAGUUGCUGGUUGGGUACGAGAAUACUUCCAGCGCAGAGAGAGUAUCUGACAAAUUUAAGAUCGGUUUGA